AUGAUGGAUUACAGAAAUGAAAAUGCGACAAGUGAAAAUCAAUAUCAAUUUUUGGAAUCGUAUAUUCGAAGAUAUAGUCUUACAGCUCACCAUCCUAUUGGUACGUGUAAAAUGGGCAAACAAGAAGAUCCAAUGGCGGUUGUAACUCCUGAUACGCGCGUUAAAGGUGUAAAAGGUCUGCGUGUUGUAGAUGCAAGUAUCAUGCCAACGCUUGUUUCCGGUAAUACGAAUAUUCCAACUAUUGCAAUAGCCGAAAGAGCAGCAGAUUUAAUUAAAAGCAAUUCUUAA